AUGAAUCGCAGAAAAUUUCAUUCACAAGGAUGUGUACCAUUUUCCUGGGAAGAAAAGCCAGGACUUCCCAAAUUCACUCACCAAAAGUCCUCCAUGGAUAUAGGCCUAACAACCUGUCCUAUCCUCUCUGAUACCAAUUCCAAGAAUAUUCCGGUGCCACCUCCUCCGUACUCAGCGUCUACACCUCCAAGAAGAAGCCAUGCAGUGAAGGGACUGCGGUGGCAAGAUGAUCCAUUCUUGGCAGCUUUAAAGGCAUGCACGAAAAGCGUAAUUCGGAAUCACGGUGGAGGACAUAAGGGAGAAGAUCAGAUUAAGGGAAAUGGGAAUUACAGUAAGAGUGUUUUCUCAUGCAAACAGUGUUGUGAUGUUGAAAGUGAUAAUUUUGUUAGGCUUUCUAAACUUCCUCCUCUUCCAAGAGAGAGGUACAAAGCUAAACCCUUUGUUAAGAACUCACAAUAA